AUGGCUGGGCACAUGGGGCUCCUGCUGGUUUGGGUCUGCCUGUUUCGCGGUGUGGUCGGCGGUGUGGUCGGCGGUCUAUUCAACGUUCUAGAAGAAGAUGAAUUGUCAUCAACUGUGGAAACUAUAACUCAUUUUCCAGAAGUUGAAGAUGGGGAGUGUGUUUUUCCAUUCCACUAUAAAAAUGGAACCUACUAUGACUGCAUCAAGUCCAAGUCAAGACACAAGUGGUGCUCGUUAAAUGAGACUUACGAAGGAUACUGGAAGUAUUGCUCUGCCGAAGAUUUUGCAAGCUGUGUGUUUCCCUUCUGGUACAGACGCUUGAUCUACUGGGAUUGUACUGACCAUGGGGAGGCAUUUGGGAAAAAAUGGUGUUCACUGACCAAGAAUUUUAAUAAGGACCGAAUUUGGAAAUACUGUGAAUGA